AUGAUGGGACGCCUCCUUCUCAUCGGCGCGCUGCUGGCGCCCGUCGCCGCCGCCGCCGACGUCGCCGCGGCGCUCAAGAGCACCUGCGAGGGCGUCGCGACGAAGUACGACGUGUCCUGCUCCAUGGCCCUCUACGGCCGGUCCGGCGGUACGACGCUCGACGCGACGGCCUCGGCGGGCUUCAUCGACGGCGGCCUCGGCCUCGGCACGAAGGCCGUGCCGGCCUCCGACGACGACGUUUAUGUCUACGGGUCAAUCACAAAAAUGUUCACGGCGAGCGCCAUCUACCAGCUCGCGGAGAGGGGCGCGCUCGGCCUCGACGACUCGCUCGCGUACCACGUCGACGCCAUGCUCCCGGGAACGGCGACCCUCGCCACGGCCGUCCUCGUCAACGACACGGCGCGCGCCGGCACGAUCACGCUGCGCCACGCGCUCCACAUGAAGUCCGGCAUCUCCGACUACGACGGCGAAAAGUACGCGUACGAACAGUUUGCGAACCGGAGCCGCGACUUCUCGCCGCUCGACAUCCUGCUGGGCGGCUUCGUGAAUGGGAGCCUGGAAUUCACGCCGGGCAAGUACCAGGACUACUCGUCCACGAACUACAUCCUGCUCGGCUUGGUCGCGGCGCGGUACGACGCGCCCGACGUCAAAGAUCCCUACGCGGCGUGGAAGGCCUUCGACCAGGCCGCCGCGGCCAAGGGCACGCUCUCCAAGGCGUCGAAGUUCGUCGACGCGGGCCCCUGCGACGCGUUCACGCCCGUCAAGGGCUUCAUGGAGCAGCGCCGGGGCCCCACGAUCGAGGUCUCGGACGUCUCCUGCGUCGGCGGGUGGUCCGCGGGCAACCUCGUGGGCCCGGUCCGCGACGUCGCCAAGUUCACGCAGGCGCUCUACGGCCUCGAGGGCAUCGUCACGAACGCGUCGCUGGCCGACAUGACCUACUGGGGCGACGCCCGCUUCGCCUGGUACGGCGCGGGCACCUUCGACCUCGCGUUCUCCGUCGGCGGAAACGUCAGGGCCGUGGGCCACGUCGGCGACACCUACGGCUACCAGUCCCAGGCGACCUACUUCCCGGACUACGGCUUCACGCUGGCCGUCGCGACGAACGCGGAGAUGGAGGCCCAGGCGCAGCCGGGCGACGCGACGUGCGUCGGCUUCCACGCCGUCCUCGCCGCGCUCGGCCUCGGGCCGCGGCUCGAGUGCGCCUUCGUCGUGCCCCGGGGCCGCCGCUUCAUGGGCACCUGCGAGUGCAAGAACGCGACGGCGCUCCCCGGCAUGGGCAGCUUGGAGCGGCCCGUCUGCGUGCUGCUGGCCCUCGCCGCGGGCUGCGGCACGGCCGUGCAAUCCGUGGUCAACUUCUCGCUGUCCCAGCACGUCCUGGGCGAUGAAUUGCAGCGCAAGUUCGUGGCCGGCUUCGUCUCGUUCGCCGGUGGCGCAUGCCUCAUGGUCGUCUGCAACGCGGCGCUCGCGGCGUACCGCCAUGUCCAGCACCGGCGCGACCCGCUGCGCCACCGCGACGAGUGCCGCGCGCCGCGGCGCUGCUGGCACUGCUGCGGCGGGCUCCUCGGUAGCACGGGCAUGACGCUGCUCCUCGUCGCCAACGGCCGCGUCGGCUACGCGCUGCCGAGCGUCGCGCGGCUGACGGCGCUGCUGCUUUUUUCCGCCAUUUUCGACCACGUCGGCGCCUUCGGCGCCUCCUUGCGGCGGCUCACGGCGCGGCGCGGCGGGCUGCUGGCGCUCGCGACGGCCGGCGCCUCGGUCGCCGUGACCUUCGACGGCGCGGCCGCGGCGGCCGUGGACGAAAAGGCGGUCCUCGCGACCGCGGGCGCGGCGGCGCUCGGCUUCGCCGCGGGAUCGCUGACGCCCGUGCAGGCGUCGGCGAACCGGCUCCUCGCGGAGCGGCUCGGCGCGAAGAUCCGGGGCACGCUCGUGCACGCUCGCCGCCGCGUCAUCGGCCUCGCGACGUCGUUCACGCUUCAGAUCGUCUCGAACAUCGCCUGCAGCCUCGUCCUCGACGCCUACGGCGUCGGCCUCGACGACCCGCGGCGGCCCGCGCCGCUCCAGGUCGCCGGCGUGGGCCUCGCGCUCCUCGCGGCCGCCGCGCUCGCCCGCGACAAGCGACCGGCGGCGCCGACGCACGCGCCGCUGCCCCAGGAGGAGAGCCCGGACGCCGUCGAGCUCGCGGCGCUCGAACGGAGGACGCACUCGGGCACGGGCGGCAGGGCCCGCCGCGACGACGGCGGCCGCGACGACCGCGCCGUCGCCGGGCCCCGCGACCGCGCGGACGACGGGGGUCGCGACCGGCCGCUGCUCGGCCGCGCGGAGCUGAGCACCGCGGGCGUCGGCGGCCGCUGGAACAGCUUCGUCGCGGACGGCACGCGCCGGAACUCCUGGCCGUCGCGCCCGCGGAAGGACGCGCCCAUGGGGUUCUCGCGCCGCUGCGUGCCGCUGCCCGGCCGCGGCGGCCGGUGCCGCUUCGCCGUGAACUUCAUGCCCGCCGUGACGCCCGCGGGCAGCUCCGUGGAGAAGCGCGCGCCGCUCUCGUCGCGGAAGAGCAGCUGCUGCCCGGGCUUCGCGCCGCGCGGGCAGAUGAGCGGCGCCGGGCCCGACCAGCCCAUCUUCUUCCGCGACCGCGGCGAGAAGUGCAAGACCGUCGUCCCGCGGAACGUGCGGCCCGGCCAGCGCUUCAAAGUGAAGCGGAGCGAGUGCCUCCUCCGCAAAAAGGAGCGGCCGAGGACCGCGCAGGCCGCGCUCAGAACACGGCGGCCCGCCGGCGUGCCCGAGCUGAAGACGACGGAGAUGGACGCGCACGCCAAGUCGACGCAGGCCAUGAUGGACCUCAUGAUGCCGCGGUCGCUCCGCCGGUCCGUGUCGCGUCCCGAGAUCACGCCGGCGGACCGCGCGCUCAUCACGGCCUACCAGGCGCGCCAGCGCGCGGGCAAGUGCCAGGACGAGGGCUUCUGGAAGCAGCAGGGCUUCCGCGCCGCCGGCGACCCCGACGCGUUGACGGCCGAGAAGAAGAAGGACUACGGCUACGGCGCGCCCAAGUGGUCGCCCUACUACCGCCAGCUCGAGCCCGACAAGGUCCGGUCCAAGGAGGCCCAGGAGCGCUCCACCAAGGCCUUGGGCGAUCAGGCCUGGUGGGAGCAGUACGGCUUCAAGGGCUCCAUGUCCGAGGAGAAGAAGCGCGACUACGGCAACGGCGUGCCCGGCUGGAGCCCCUACCACCGCUCCGACGAGCUCAAGCCCGGCGAGAAGCCGGGCGAGAAGACGGGCCUGCCCGCCGACGCCUUCUGGUUCCAGCAGUGGGGCUUCCGCACCGGCGCCGUCUCCGAGGAGAAGCGCCGCGACUACGGCUACGGCGUGCCCAUGUGGUCGCCCUACUACCGGUCCAACAAGCCCCCGCGGAGCGCGCCGAGCGCGCCCAAGUGA